CAAGCAAGAAGACAUUUCAUGGAGUUUCUGAGCCUAAACAGAAUAACAUGAUUCACACUUGAAUUCAUUCACCUCCAUGCAUGCUGAAGCCUUGUAAGGACUACGAAUUGCUGCAUUGACCAGAGGAAGAAAAUUAACAAAAGCUAUGGAGAACUCAACCAAAGUCAAGUUCUUUUAUCUCUUUGGCUUACAAGAGACAUUUAUCAACAAAUCGGUCUAUUUUACCUUGUUUCUUAUCACAUAUCUUCUUAUCAUCACUGUGAAUCUGACUCUGAUCAUAACAAUCAUUCAGGAGAAAGGUCUCCAUGAGCCCAUGUAUAUCUUUCUGUGUAGUUUGUGUGUCAAUGGAUUGUAUGGAACUGCUGGUUUCUACCCCAAGUUGUUACUGGACCUUCAGUCAGAUGUUCAGGUGAUAUCUUAUGGUGGAUGUUUCACUCAAGCCUAUGUAAUAUACACAUCUGUCAUGUGUGAACUUUCUACUCUAACAGUGAUGUCUUACGACAGGUAUGUGGCAAUAUGUAGACCACUACUAUACCAUAACAUUGUGACAUCUUUAACUAUUAGAAAGUUACUCUUAUUGUCUUGGUGUUAUCCUUUAUUUAUAGCACUCAUAGCAGUUAGUUUAGCCGUCAGAAUUCCUUUGUGUGGAUCUCGCAUUGAUAAGAUCUUCUGUGACAUUCCGUCUACACUGAAACAUGCAUGUUUACCCAUAACCAUUAACCAGAAUUUGAACAAAUUUGUAAUAGUGGUUCAUGUUUUACAGAUACUAUUCAUUGUAUUUUCUUACUGUCAGAUUGUAAGGACUUGUAUAAAGUCGUCUAAGGGAAGGAUUAAGUUCACACAGACAUGUGUGCCACAUUUAUUGACAAUGGUUAUUUUCAUCACAGUGACCCUAUUUGACACGUUGCAAGGGUGGAAUAGUAGUAUAAAUAUUACGCUCAAUAUGCGUAAUGCAAUGGCUAUACAAUUCCUUGUUAUACCACCUGUCUUUAACCCUCUCAUAUAUGGACUUAACCUCCAGCAGAUUCGAAGGGCCAUUUUUAGAAAGUGUAAUGCACAUAAAAUCAUUGAUAUGAGAUGUUAGUUACAUGAUCUUACACAACAGGGAGUCUUCCUGAAGUCAACAAAAAUAAAGGUCAAAUCUGGCAAAACUGUUGCAUGGUUAAAUGGUGCUUCAUUUCUAGAUACCUAUAUCAAGGCGCACAACUUUGGUUUUAGAAGUGUGGUGACAUAAUCUGGCAGGGUUUUCUGGGGGUCUAUUGCUACUUUCCUGCAUUUCUAUUGGUCGAUCAAACAUAGUCUUUUCUUUCGACCAAUCGAUUUGUCAAUUUUUAAACAUGUAUAUUUCCAUAUAUAGA